UUACGUCAUAUCCGGCGUCAAAUGUCAACGCACCCUGCUUGCUAAACUAGCAAAACAAGAGGCACAAAUAAUUAACUAAUAAUAGUGCUUUUAAAGCAUAUGUGACAUAUAAUAGUUGGCUCGUAGCAGUAUUAAUGUAUCGUCACAAUGUUGUGAUGUCUUUAUCAAGUGAAAAUGAUAUACCUUUCGUCUGCACAGUAUUUCCUCAUUGGUUUUAAUUUUCUGCAUGUAUUUGGAAGCGAUUGUGGUCCAGCCGAAUACAAAAAGUUUGAUGGGCAGUGCUGCCCAAUGUGUGGUAAAGGCUUGGUGGUCCGGAGAGAUUGUACAAUAGAGUCCAGCACAUCUUGUAUACCCUGUAUCAGAGGGACCUUCAUGAACGAGGCCAAUGGUCUAACCAAGUGCUUUCCCUGCAGUUCCUGUGACCCAGGACAGGGCCUGUUCACUCAGACAGAGUGCAAACCAACAAGUAACACAGUCUGCCACGUUCUAGAUGGAUACUACUGUAGAAGCUACUCAUCCAACUCUGAGUGUAGCUUUGCAGUAGAACAUACACACUGUUCACCGGGACAGAGUACUAAAUCACCUGGUACAAAGACAACAGAUACCAUGUGUGAGGAGUGUCAGCAUGGCUUUUACUCACAAUAUGGUGUGAACUGCACUGCUUGGACUGAUUGUGCAGCAAUGGGACGCAUGAAGACUGAAGAUGGAAAUUCUAGACAAGAUGUUAUUUGUAACAAAGUGGCACCAAGGAUCCAUAUCACUCUAAUAGCUCCAAUAUUAUUAUGCCUAACAGUUGCUGCACUGUUUGGUUUCUACCUGGCAAGAGCUAAACGUAAGAAAGAGUUCCAUGGAUUCUCUGAGGUUCCUGUGCAAGAAACGGGACAUCUACAAGUAUCUACCAGUAACUCCCUAGAGGAAACAGAGGAAAAUGUGCCUGGUAAUGUUGUAGCUGAUGUUCCACUAAACUGAGGAAGUGCCAUGAAUGCAUGCAGAUACCCAGAAGGCACCUGCAUUUUGACUAAUAAGUGCACUUAUCUGGAGUAGACUAUUUAAUACAGGGACAGAAAUUGGUUAACUUUAUCCACCUGUUCUUAUAUCUACCAAAACAUUGUCACUUUUUACUUACAUUUUUUAUACAGUACAUGUGCAUUUAACAAAAAUAUUAAAAUGUCACGGUUUGAAACACCUGAACUGUUUUGAUGAUUGUUUGACUAAAAAUUCAAUUGUAUUCCCAUGUUUUAAAUAGCCACCCUUUGCCUUGACAGCUUUGCACACUCUUGGCAUUCUCUCAACUAGCUUCAUGAGGAAGUUACCUGGAAUGUAUUUCAAUUAACAGGUGUGCCUUAAAAGAUAAGGUCAGUCAAUACGGAACAUUUCAAGAACUUUGAAAGUUUCAAGUGCAGUCGCAAAACCCAUCAAGCGCUAUGAUGAAACUGGCUCUCGUGAGGACUGCCACAGGAAGAGAAGACCCAGAGUUACCUCUGCUGCAGAGGAUAAGUUCAUUAAACAAAAAAUGUUAACUAGGCAAGUCAUUUAAGAACAAAUUCUUAUUUACAAUGACGGCCUAGGAACAGUGGGUUAACUGCCUUGUUCAGGGGCAGUAGUUUGGGCUUAGUCCCACUAUCGUUUGUUUUUCAACAGAACAAUGACCCAACACACCUCCAGGCUGUGUAAGGGCUAUAUUACCUAGAAGGACCGGUAGUGUGUGUGAUAUAGAUAUAACCUAAGACUGGGAAUUUAAGGAUUAAAUGUCAGGAAUUGUGAAAAACAGAGUUUAAAUGUAUUUGGCUAAGGUGUAUUUAAACUUCCUACUUCAACUGUGUGUGUGUGUGUAUUGUCGUGGAAUUAUCAGAAUAUGUUGGUAACAUUUGUAAGAUGUUGCAAAAAAAUAAAGAACACAAAAAUAACAUCCUA